CCAACACUCAUAUUUGCGCAUUUAUACACAAAUUACCAUUUAAUUCGAAAACCAUGGCUGGUACGUUCUUCAGGGGCACAAAUAUUGAACAGGAUCAGCGGUUCGGCAAUGCCAAUUUGAAGCUGAUGCAGCAAACAUCAUUUAGCAGCGUGUUGAAGAAGCGUGUGGAUUCGACCAAAGUCAACAUGGAGGUGAUAAAGCCCUGGAUAUCCAACAAGAUCUUCGAGCUUCUGGGUUUGGAAGACGAAGUGUUAUUCGAGUACAUAGUCAACAUGCUACAGGAGUCCACGACGCCGGAUCCAAAGGUCAUGCAGGUGAACCUAACCGGGUUCCUUGAAUCAAAGACACAGGACUUUAUGCAGAGUCUGUGGGAGGUCUUGGUCGAAGCACAGAAGAGUCCGGGCGGCAUCCCCGAGUCGUUCAUCAAAACUAAAGUUGAGGAACUCAGGAUAAAGCGAGAGGAGCAGGACAUGAUAAAGGCAAACAUCAGAGCCGCAGAUGAGCGACUGCAGGGAUCGGUUGUGGACAGUGCUAGGAGAACACGUUCGGGUAGAAGAAGCAGGUGGGAUGCGCCGGCAGCUUCGUCAAAUGAUCUUGAGAGGCCUUCGGAUAUUCGCGGUGGGUUCGAGCGCCACGACGGCGACGGCCGCCAGAAUCGUGACAGAAGUUGGAGCAGAAAUAGAAGCACUAGCAGGAGCAGGCAUAACCAUAGACAUGUACAAAGGGACCGCAAUAACAGAAGCCGCAGUAGAAGUAGAAACAGGAAAAGCGAUAGAAACAAUAGCCGAUCGCCACCACGAUCGAAACGCUGAUCUCUAUUUUUUUAUCAAGUUAACAAUUGACAGGCCAGAAAACAUGUAUCGAAGCUAUUUUGAGCAGACGCUUUGCUCAAAUAAGCAUGGGAGUUCUCAAUCCUCAAAUACCCGCAGUAAAGUUUUUUUUUGCAUUUUUUGCCUUUCCUUGUU